CCUCCAAACCUGCAGCAGCUGGAGACACCAAACGCCGGAGCGCCCGGGAUCCCAGCAGCGGCGGGAGUGGGAGCAGAGGCAAAGCCUGAGACGGCCGCCGACCCGCACAGCCCGGCCCAGCGCCGGCUCGCCCAGAACAUGGACUUCGCCCGCCUCUGGCUAGGGCUGCUGCUGCCCUUGGUGGCCGCGCUGGAUUUCAGCUACCACCACCAGGAAGAGAUGGAAACGUUUUUGAAGAAUGUUGCCCAAAACUACAGUUCUAUCACUCACUUACACAGUAUUGGGAAGUCUGUGAAAGGCAGAAACCUGUGGGUUCUUGUCGUGGGACGCUCACCAAAGGAACACAGAAUCGGGAUUCCAGAGUUCAAGUACGUGGCAAAUAUGCACGGAGAUGAGACUGUAGGGCGGGAACUGCUGCUCCAUUUAAUUGACUAUCUCGUAACCAACGAUGGAAAAGACCUUGAAAUCACCCGUUUAAUCAAUAGUACCCGGAUACACAUCAUGCCUUCAAUGAACCCAGAUGGAUUCGAAGCUGUCAAAAAGCCUGACUGUUUUUACACUAAUGGAAGGGAAAAUAAUAACUUCUAUGACCUGAAUAGAAAUUUCCCCGAUGCUUUUGAAUUUAACAAUGAAUCAAGGCAGCCUGAAACUGUGGCAAUCAUGGAGUGGCUGAAAACAGAAACGUUUGUCCUCUCGGCAAACCUCCACGGUGGUGCCCUGGUGGCCAGCUACCCUUUCGAUAACGGUGUUUCAGCAACGGGGACAUUACACUCCCGGAGCUUGACCCCCGAUGAUGAUGUUUUCCAAUAUCUUGCAAAUGCCUACGCCUCAAAAAAUGUCAACAUGAAGAAAGGAGAUCAGUGUAAAAACAAAAUGAACUUCCCGAAUGGGAUUACAAAUGGGUACUCUUGGUAUCCUCUCAAAGGUGGAAUGCAGGAUUAUAACUACAUCUGGGCCCAGUGCUUUGAAAUUACGUUGGAGCUGUCAUGCUGUAAAUAUCCGCGCGAGGAGAAGCUUCCGUUCUUCUGGGAUUCCAACAAAGCCUCGCUAAUUGAAUACAUAAAACAGGUGCACCUAGGUAUAAAGGGUCAAGUUUUUGAUCAAAAGGGAAAUCCAUUACCCAAUGUAAUUGUAGAAGUCCAAGACAGAAAACAUAUCUGCCCCUAUAAAACCAACAAAUUUGGAGAGUAUUACCUCCUUCUCUUGCCUGGGUCAUAUACGUUAAAUGUUACAGUCCCUGGACAAGAGCCAUACCUCAAAAAGGUGAUUAUCCCAAAAAAAUCCCAGGACUUCAGUGCUCUUAAAAAGGAUAUUGUAUUUCCACUCAGAGGGCAAUUGGAUUCUAUCCUAGUAUCAAAUCCUUCAUGUCCUAUGAUUCCUCUAUACAGUAUUUUGCCAAGCCACUCAGCCGCAACAAAGCCUAGUCUGUUCUUACUCUUAGUGACUCUUUUUCACAUAUUGUUCAAAUAAAGCAAAAUGUGAAACUCAACCCCAUCACCACCUGGAAUCAGGGAUUACUCAUGCCAGGUUACUGCAAAUCUAACUCCCUCUGUGAGACAACUGGCCAAACGCCACUGUCCUUCCCUAAGAAGACAAAUGGUUACAUCCUGUAACGAGAAAUGUGUGGUGAUAACGAAAGGAAUGAUUUCGUUUUGAUGAUGAAUAGAAGACACCCACCUAUCAAGUACUGCCCACUUACACUUCAUUUUAAAGUCAUCUUAGAAAUUUGUAAGAAGUUAAACUUGAGGAGCAAAAAUGAAGCUCCUGCAAGAAGACGACGAAAAAAAAGAAGCUAAUUCUGGAUACAAGAAGAUAAUUCUGAAUAUAAGCAAUGAACAUGAACAUUUAUUGAUCACCUAUCAUAUACAAGACCUUGCUAUGAGUGCUAUAUAUGAAGAGAUAGUGCCAUAUAUCAUUAGUUCUCAGGACAGGGAAAAAUGAUAACAAGACUGGGAAUAUUUAGCUUUGCAAAUGUUCUAAGGAAAUAUGAGAGAAAAUAGGCAGCCAUGUCUCAGUGGCCCCAGAAAAUAUGGGCCUAAUAGCAUAACAAGGUGUUGCCUACAGAGUCCCAAAAAUAUGGGUCAUUUAAGUGUCCCUGCCAUUCUGCACCUGGAUGCCACAGUCCUAUCAUGCUGAUGACCGCCAAAUGUGUAAUUCUAGCCUCUUGCCUGAGCUUCAGACUCACAUCCAACUGCCCACUGGAUAUAUAUCCACCUGGAUGUGACCCAGAGGUACCUCAAACUCAUGCAAAAAUGGAACAUACUUUUCUCCCUAGAGCUGCUCUUCCUCCUGUAUCCUGUCUCAAUUCCUGGUACCACCAAACCUGGGAGUUCUCCUUGAUACUUCUUUCUCCUCUGUCAUCCCAUAUAUUCCAUCAAUCACUAAAGACUAUAAUUAUCGAUUCUACCCUCCCUCCAGGACUACUAACACUGCCAAGUUCCGGCCGUCACAGCUCACCUGCACCACUGCAACAGCUGUACCGUCACUUGCUCCCAGCUUCCUCCUCUUCAGAUCCAUCCUCCGCAUGGCACUGGGGAAGGGGGUCUCUUUGAAACAAAAGUCAACAACCUACUGACACCUAAUGUCCUGCUGUGUCCUGGUGCCUGGAAUGCCAUUCUGACCCACUUUUUCUUUCUUCCUCCCUCUUUUACAACUCGGUUUAGGCAUCGACUCUUCCAGGAAGCCUUUGCUGGCCAUCAUUCCAUUCCUUUCCAUCUCACCUCCUCCCAGUCAAUCUGGGAACCCUCCUCUUUGCUCCCCAAAUAGAACAGGUUACCUCUACUAUUGGAUUUACAACACUGUGUUAUAAUCUUAUACUUCCAGGUACGAGUUUUCUCUAGUAGAGUGAGCUCUUUGGGACCGAGGGGCUAAUUUGUUUGAAAAAUGCAUUUUUACAUCCUCAGAGAACAUAGUAGAAAUUGAAUGAAUGAACAAAGGGUUCCAGCAAUCUGCUACUCCCAGUCUCGCCCAGAAACUGUAUAGGGCUUUGAGUUAAACUAGAUCCCAUGCUUUGGCAAUUUCUGGUUCCUAGUAAUGCUGACAGAAGAGUGUUUUCAUGUAUGUAUCAAGAAAUAAAUUCAAAUACGGUGCUUUUACUGGACUUUGCAUUUAUCCUAAGCUUCAUAGUAAAGGUAUGUUACCUAUUAACUCUAAGGCUACCUUUUUUAUUAUUGGAAAACAAAAUUUUUAUCAUUAGUACUCAAUAUGAAGCAUUUAUUCUCCACUAUAAUGACAGUUAACCUAACUUAAAACAUUAUAUAAGGGGAAGUAGCAAACAGAAAAUGAAACUAUACUUGGCUUGGAACAUGGUGAAUGCUUGAGAACCAUACAUGAAUGGGAGAUACAUGGGCAUUUAGGACCUAUUCUUGUGCCAAGCUUAUUCUGUCUAUACAAAAUCAUACAUGUUUAAUAUAAACAAAAUUUAUAAUCUUUUACUCACUUCUUUGAAAUCUGGCAAUAACCUAAAUAUCUUGAUCAUUUUUAUUUAAAUAAACUAUAACUUAUUAUACUUGAAAGCAUAUGUUAAUAUAUUACAGAAAAUGAUUUGGUAUAUUACAUAUAAAAGUAUAUGCAAUUUGGCUUGAUUUGCCAUUAAGCCCUAAAGAAUUUUUCAAGCUGGCAUUCUGAGUUCUAACUUUUCCUUUCCCAAGACAGCAAAUUUUUUGCCUUUUUAAUCUUAUUUUUUACUCUUUUAUUGUUAAUUUUUAAAUUAAAUUUAUUAGGGUAACAUUGAUUAACAAAAUUAUGGUAGCAAUUUUUGAAGAAACAUGAACCAAAAUCUGAAUUGGUUCAUGAGCCAUAAUGUUAAGGAAAUGUUUUUAAAAUCAGAAAUUUUAUCAGAAUCAAAAUUACUUAGAGAUGAGCAAAACAAUUAAAAUAAUCUCCAAGCCAAAUGCACGCCAAACCUGAACUUAAUUCUGAGCAGGUUUGGGGUACAUAUUUUCAGCAAUGCCCUACAGUUUGCAGCAAGAGUUAGUAAGUACAGCUACACCCCCCACUAAUCCAUGAAGUGUCCAAGAGGAGAAACAACUAUGGAAUUCCGACCAGAUCCCCACAUCUCCCUGCAGAACAGCUUCCCUACACCCUCCUACACUCCUCAGGUUCUAACUUCAGAUAUAACUCCUUUCAUGGAGAAACCGAUAUGGUAAAGGUUUUCAAGAUAGAAGAAAAGAUAGCAGGUGGCAGUAAAAUGAUACUUAGGUGGGAGCCCUGGGUGCAAGCCCACCCCGCUCUCAGUUUCCUUACCUGUAAAACGGAGGCCUCUGCCUGCCUGAUGCUGUGACUGUCGGAAGUGGCAGUGUGAGAGCCGCACUGGUGCUGUCUUUGGUGCUUGCCCUGGUGGAGGAAGGAUAAUUAACACGCAAGUGGUCAAUAUUUUGAAGGCUGUGUAACUUAUCCAGGACCAAGUCUUUUGCAUCAGAUACAAACAGAAUUGGUCUGAAAACAAAUGAAACAUCGGUUAGCUAGAAUGAUCAUUUAAUUACACUUAAGGAAACUUGCAUGAAGUAACUGUUUUUCUGAUGUAGGUACUCGAAUUAUGUAAACAUGAGAGAAUCUUUAAAGAAAUGUUGCUAAAUCCCUGCAGGUAAGUAUCAGUGUUAAUUUUGGUGCCUCAUUUACCACAUUCAUUCAGACUUGAGUGGUUGGAUGUACUUGAUGUUUUGUUCCAGAAGCAAUUUUGCGUGUUGUACCUGUAGAAAGUAAAAAUAUCUGGCACUUGA